AUGACUGAAAAAUCGAAUGGUGUGAAGAGCUCCACGGCCAAUAACCACCAUGAACCCCCUGCCAUCAAGGCCAAUGGCAAAGAUGACCGCAGGACCAGCAGCAGGACACAGUCUGCGGCUGAUGAUGAUACCUCCUCAGAACUGCAGAGGCUGGCAGAGAUGGACACCCCACGACGGGGGAGGGGUGGCUUCCGAAGGAUCGCCCGGCUGGUGGGGGUCAUCAGAGAUUGGGCCAACAGGAAUUUCCGCGAGGAGGAAGCAAGGCCUGAUUCAUUCCUUGAGCGCUUUCGUGGGCCUGAGCUCCAGACCGUGACAACACAGCAGGGGGAUGGCAAAGGCGACAAGGACGGCGAGGGAAAGGGCACCAAGAAGAAAUUUGAACUAUUUGUCUUGGACCCAGCAGGGGACUGGUAUUACCGCUGGCUGUUUGUCAUUGCCAUGCCUGUCCUGUACAACUGGUGCCUGCUGGUGGCCAGAUCCUGCUUCAGUGACCUACAGAGAGGUUACUUCCUGGUGUGGCUGGUGCUGGACUACUUCUCAGAUUUGGUUUACAUUGCAGACCUCUUCAUCCGAUUGCGCACAGGUUUCCUAGAGCAGGGACUGCUGGUCAAAGAUCCCAAGAAACUGCGAGACAACUACAUCCACACCCUACAGUUCAAGCUGGAUGUGGCUUCCAUCAUCCCUACAGACCUGAUCUAUUUUGCUGUGGGCAUCCACAGUCCUGAGGUGCGCUUUAACCGCCUGCUCCACUUUGCCCGUAUGUUUGAGUUCUUUGAUCGCACUGAGACUCGCACCAGCUACCCCAACAUUUUCCGUAUCAGCAACCUGGUGCUCUAUAUCUUGGUCAUCAUCCACUGGAAUGCUUGCAUCUACUAUGCCAUCUCUAAGUCCAUUGGCUUUGGGGUUGACACCUGGGUUUACCCCAACAUCACUGACCCCGAAUAUGGCUACCUGGCUAGGGAAUACAUCUACUGUCUUUACUGGUCCACGCUAACCCUCACAACCAUUGGGGAGACACCGCCCCCUGUAAAAGAUGAGGAGUACCUAUUUGUCAUCUUUGACUUCCUGAUUGGUGUCCUCAUCUUUGCCACCAUUGUGGGAAAUGUGGGAUCCAUGAUCUCCAACAUGAAUGCCACCAGGGCAGAGUUCCAGGCCAAGAUCGAUGCUGUCAAACACUACAUGCAGUUCCGCAAGGUCAGCAAGGAGAUGGAAGCCAAGGUUAUCAAAUGGUUUGACUACCUGUGGACCAAUAAGAAGACGGUGGAUGAGCGGGAGGUUCUCAAGAAUCUGCCAGCCAAGCUCAGGGCUGAGAUAGCCAUCAAUGUCCACCUUUCCACACUCAAGAAAGUACGCAUCUUCCAGGAUUGUGAGGCUGGCCUGCUGGUGGAGCUGGUACUGAAGCUUCGUCAGGUCUUCAGUCCUGGGGAUUACAUUUGCCGUAAGGGGGACAUUGGCAAGGAGAUGUACAUCAUCAAGGAAGGCAAGUUGGCGGUGGUGGCUGAUGAUGGUGUGACUCAGUAUGCUCUACUCUCUGCUGGGAGCUGCUUUGGAGAGAUCAGUAUCCUUAACAUUAAGGGCAGCAAAAUGGGCAAUCGGCGUACGGCCAAUAUCCGCAGCCUGGGCUACUCAGAUCUUUUCUGCUUGUCCAAGGAUGAUCUCAUGGAAGCUGUGACUGAGUACCCUGACGCCAAGAAAGUUUUGGAGGAGAGAGGUCGGGAGAUCCUGAUGAAGGAGGGGCUGCUGGAUGAGAAUGAGGUGGCAGCCAGCAUGGAGGUGGAUGUGCAGGAAAAGCUAGAGCAACUGGAAACCAACAUGGAGACCUUGUACACUCGCUUUGCCCGCCUGCUGGCUGAGUACACGGGGGCCCAGCAGAAGCUCAAGCAACGCAUCACAGUUCUGGAGACCAAGAUGAAACAAAAUGAGGAGGAUUACCUGUCAGAUGGCAUCAACAGUCCGGAGCCAGCUGCUGCUGAGCAGUCAUAA